AGCUCUUAGAAUACAGUUGUGUCAAAUUGAAUAUUUUUUAAAUAAAUAAACGAACAAGAAAAUGAAUUCAGGCUAUGCAAAAUGGAUGCUCAAUUGAAACCAAGGAAGUGCCCCAAAUCCGGAUUCAUUCCAACAUCAUGCAGUGAUCGAGUUCUGCGUUCGCGUGCAAGGAUUGAAAGGCAGGAAACUAAAGAAUCAACAGCUAUAGCAAAAGCAGUUGUCAGCAGACAGGAAAUUAGCAAAUCUGCUCUACUGAUCUAUCUGGACUUAAGUCAGCCAACAGCCAUUGUAUGCAGUGAACCAGUAGCUGCAGCUGCAGUCGAUGAAGAUAUUGAACUGAAAAAGCGCCUGGACACUUUUCUGGGACUCAAUCAGGCACGCCGUCUACUUUAUACUCCUUGGGAAGCAUUUGACGACUUAGAAGACAAUGAUGUGGUGCAGGAUAAGGACGUGAGGCCAGAGCUACCAAAGCUCGAGCGACAACUAUUGUCUCGCGUAGGGCUGGAGCUGAAGUUAUUGCCUUCGCUUAAGCAGAAACUAUUUGUGGAAAAUGUACAGCGUCUCAAUGCUAACUACUUUCAGCAGCAAACACCGAGGCAGCUCAAAGAGCCAAUCGAUCUGAGUGAGCUGCCCGACGAGGAGCAACGCACUCGAAUCUGUCGCGAGCAUAAAGCACAGGUGGAACAAAUCCAGAAGCAAGAGCAGGACCUAUACUGCUAUAGUUUUCUCAGCUCUCUAAGUCCGGAGACACCUCUAUCCAUGUGUCAUCCACUUUCGCUUACCUAUCGCCAGCAGAGCUUUGACAACUGCAAAGCAGCUCUGGCCAAGUCUUUGUUUGGCCUGCUCAAUCACUUGAUCUUCCAUUGUGGCCUGCGGCAGAGGAUUGAGUGGCAGCAGCUUAGAAGACAACCCGGCUGCUGUGUGCUGAGCAUUGGAACUGACUUAAGGCGCCGAGCACGGUUCAAGCUCUCUCCGCAUAUACGAGAGACAGGCGCACUUGUUGAAACGCUACUGCAUGAGAUGUGCCAUGCAGCAGCCUUUGUCUACAAUGGAGAAAUGGCGCAUGGCCUUAACACGUGCAAGUGGGCAUACCGUGCCAAGUCCUUGCUGCCUCAGCUGCCUUUGAUUAGCGACUGCGCUGCCAGCUGUACGUACACUUGUCGCCUGUGCCGGCGCAGCGCUUGUGGCAACAUUCGAUUCCGUGGCAAGCAGCAGUUGCUCCGCUGCUUCUACUGCCAAUUCGAAUUGUUCGUCAGCGACUGCAGUGCGGACAGCGCACACGAGCUGCGACUCACUGCUCAGCCGGAUACGUCCUACACGAUCUACAUACGCACUCACUAUAUGCAGUGUAACCAGAGAGGACACAGCUCUAAGAUGCGGUCACUCAAUGCUCAGUAUUCCCGCACGACGAAGCUGUAA